AUGGCAAACUGGUUGAUUGGCCAUUUGUGGAGCUGGUGGAGGCUAAACGCUCGUUCGAGAACCGUCCCGCUGUUACGCCUGAGCUUAAGUGCCUCUCGAUUACCAAGACGACUUACAAAACAUUUCUCAUCUAAGAGGUCAUUCCCGCAAUUACGGCCAAGUGGCCAGGAUCUAAAAGGGUCAUGGUACAGCGAGAUAAUGCAAAGCCACACACGAGUGCAUACUCUGAGGCACCCCGAUUUCAAUGUAUUGGAUCUGGGUUUUUUCUCAAGCAUCCAAGCUCUUCAGUAUCAGAAACGCGCGUACGACGUGGAGCAGUUUGUUGCAGCAGUCGUGUCGGCAUAUUCAGAGCGCGACUCGGUAAAAUUGAACAAGUGUUUCCUAACGCUACACUCCGUGCUAGAACAAGCGAUGUUAAACCGAGGCGGAAACGAGUACCAGAUCCCGCAUCUGCGUAAGGACAAGUGGCUGCGCUUAGGUGAUUUGCCCCUUUUGCAGCCGUGCUCCAGCGAGGCUGUAGAUAUCGGCAAUGUGGCCAUCGACGAGGUCAUUGUGUAG